GACCUUCCGUCAGUUACCCGCAGGUAGUCGGGGAAAGUGCUUCGACGUCUCCGCUGGCGCUUCCACACACUCGCGCACUCGCACCCAGCGCGGUUUACCUUCCACAGAAGAGCCUGCGAGUUUAAGCGAGUUUCCAGCCGUCGCUCCUUCGCCGGAUUCUCGCUAUGGGUUUCCUCCGACCCUCUGUGACGGUGGCGGUCCUGGCUGCUGUGACCGUGGCGCAGCUUCCCUUCUCGGUCAUCCCGACCAUCUCCGACGAGCUGAGGGCCAAGGCGCUGGACACAAGAGCCACCCGGUUCAUGCGCCUGUGGGAGUACGCGCUCAAGGUGGACGGUCAGGGUCCAGGGCCGGCCAUUAGGGUCAACUUCGAAGCCAAGACGAUCCUCGCGCCAGGGCCCCUCGCCUACUUCAACCUGAUCCCCCAGGACGCCUCCGACCCCCUCUACGGGAGGUCGAAGCCCAUGCAGGCCCUCCGGAGGAAUUUCCUGCUCGACCACCUCGUCCUCGACCCCGUUGAGGCCUCGGACCCCAAGCUCGAGGAGGGAGACGGAGUCCGCGCUCUCACCUUCACCGGGAAGGACAUCUACUUCAAGAAGGACAAGCAGGGCAACAUCACCGUGGGGGGCGUGGCCGUCCAGGAGGU